AUGGUUACCAACGCUGUCGCUGUUGAAGGCUCUGGCCGCAACAUUAGAGAAGAUGACUGCAUACUGAACUGUCUACCAGAAAUGAAAAGCGUGUAUUCUGAGCAUUUCAAGUCUUUCCAAGACAUGCUGUCUUUGGUUCUUCAGCACUCUCGGUCACAUUUCAGGGCCCUGGCGGGGCGAGAGAGCUUUGCUGGGUUCUUGAACGUUCCCCUCAUAAGCGACGUCCUAGUGAAGACGAUAGAAGGGAUGUUUGAAGCACCGAAGCCUUGUGUGCUUCCGCUCCAGAACGACGAAGCCAGUGCCAAUAUUAAUUGGCUUGACGUUGUCAAGGAAAGGGAUUAUCAGGCUGAAUACAAAGGGAAUGGCAGCUACCAUUUCCAUAUGCGGGAUCGGGGCGUGAUUGUCCAGUUGUCUGCUUUUCAACAUAAUAUGGUUCUUUCAGGAUUACCCCGGAAGCUGAUUCAACCAUGGUCCUACGAAAAGGACGUACAGACAGAACUAAACACCUUGGCGCUGACAGCCGAAAUGACAUCACGGAUGAAUCAACUUGCAUCAGAAAUCAUCAAAGCCAAUAACACUGUGCUUGAAGAGAUACUAAGAAGAGAUCGAGUUCUCCGCCGCAAUCCGGAGCCAAGUCGAAGAUCGGCGGGCUCGCCCUUUUCUCUGGAAUCAACCGAAGAGCCAGCAAACUUUACACCAGUGCAGAAUGACGCUGAUUCGCUGGAUGUAAUGGCUAUCGAGACUCAAGAGACAGACGCGCAAGCCAGCGCUUCAAAACGCGGCGUUGGAACACGGAACUUUUCCAAAAACAAGGCUUGGCCUGCAGAAGUAUUGAAGCGGCUUCCUCUAUGGUUCGAAGACCAAGUACGGAAGAAUCAGUCGCAGGAAGAGAUUGCACACAAUUUUCACGGAACAUUCAAACAAAAAAGGACUUUCCAUGCUAUUGAGGCAAAAGUGUAUUUCUUAACAGGAAAAAGUCCUUUUAGGAAGCGCAAUAAGAAGACUUCGCGCAAAGGACCUGUGUCUUCGACACCACGCUCCUCCCCACCACCGGUUCAACCCUCUGGAUCAGUGGAUUCCACCCAACAACUGUUCUCGAGGUCGAACAUCGAGGUUCACGCUUUGCGUCUAGCCCCGAACCUGCUUCCAUAUCUGGAUUCUGAAGACUGCGAGGAUGGAGAUAUUUACGCCCUUCAUGGUGUUCAACCGGUUGACCCUGAAUCAGAAACUAGCGAUCUACAUGCAGUACCUGAACAGGAUACUGCGAAUCAAAUGUUAAGGUGCCAGCGCGCACCUCAAGAGCGUGAAUCUCAGUCAGGUACAAGCCAAAGUGAGUCGCCAGUUCGUGGAAGCCACCAGGCGGAAGAAUCGCCUAAAGCCCAUCCAGGUUUCUCAGAUCUGGUGGGCGAGAGUCAGCCAAGGAAUGGUAAUCCAAUCAAUGUUUUCGGUGCAACAUCAGAGAUGGAUGAUACUUGCUUGCCUCGAAGCUCUCCCUUAGAACCCCCUCGGAUAUCAGAACCUAUCCAAUCGCCAAUCCGGCAUCCCUCUGAAGGCGAUACCUCACUCAAAGAGCUAGACCAAACGCUUUCCCAUUGUGCCGAGUCCAGUACAAUGCGCAUGGAGCAGGCAGACACUGCACAUGGCAACCAAUCAUCAGAGAGGCUUUCUCCGCAAUUUUCAUCAUGUGAAAAUCUAUUGACUAGAGGUUCCGAAAAUGAGGGCUCUAAUGAUGAAAGCCACACAGAAAGUGUGCCCAGGUCACCAACGCCCUUCCAAGUUCCUGAACCAAGCUCCACUCGUAACUCGACAGAGCAUCACCCUCAAAACUGCGGAAUGGAUGAGCCAACCAUUGAUGCCUCUGGAAGACCUUCGAUUGACGAGGAAUGGAUUAUAAGAUGUCUGAAUGAGAGAUCUCAAGCACAGGCGGUGCGUUCUCAUCGCAAAUGGAAAGUUGAGCACCUGAACCGUUUAUCAGAGUGGUACAUGGAACGAAAACAUCUACCAGAGGAUAGUCUUGAGGCUGCGUUUCUGCGAGAUUUUGGCCACUAUCGAAGUUCCUCUGCUAUUGUUACAGCUUUCCGCAAAAGAAGAAAGGCAGGUUCUCGCCAUAAGAAUGCAGCCUCAAGCCCCGCUUCAGGUCAACUAGCUUUGGUUAGCCCGGCCGUUCUCGAUACUAUGCCGGCAUCACGAUCACCCAAUGCCAUCAUUGGAUCCGACACUCCCAGCUUGCAUUCAUCCCAUACUGCAGCAGUACCGAGCAAUGAGAAUACUACGCUCAAGCACCCACCGCUGGAGCGAUCUAGAUCGCGACACCUUACUCAGCCGCAGAUCCUAGGCAACACAGACAGAUUUUAUCGCGAUAUGGCUCCACCAUUGCAUGAGAGCGAAGAAACAGUGGAUCAAAGUUCACCGGCUGCCGUUGCCUCCGAAUCCGCUUCCGAACAGAUGGUAUGUUCGACACCCGACAGCGCCGAAGAUACCCCCACGUUGGGCAAUCGGCGCCACCGAGUUGAAAUCACGCCAAAACCUCCAUCCAGGUUCACAGCAAUUAAUGGCGGGAACGUUCAUCCCACUGAUCCAAAUUUAAUUGCCCAGCCGGAGACCAAUGAGCGAGACGCUCUACCUAAUGGGCAAGGAGGCCAGCGAGCAUCAAAAGAAAAGUGUGUCGGGCAGAGAAGAGAUGGCCCAAAUGUGUCACAGGAAGAAGGGCCCCAGACCUUUGCAGGUGGAAGAGGUCGCCCCAAUGAACUUACCCCUGAGCACGAACUGGCAAGUUCAAAUAAAUCGGGGCUGUCCACCGGAACACUGGAAGGAGUUGGGUACCAGCGACCACUCCCAAUUGGUACUUCAGACGCCAACAUUGCACAACUGGGAACGCGCACAGAUUUGCAGAACACAUCGCAGUCUCAAAAACGAGACGUCGAUAUCCCACCCCCAAACAACCCCCAGCCCACUUACAUACAAAAUCCGAUCCCAAAUUUCCAGCCCAACUCCCAAAUUGCAAACUCCCAACCAUCCCAUUUCUGCAGGCCCAAUUCCCGAUCCGGGGCUUCUCAAACUAGCAGUGUGCUAGGAAGCGCUCACACAGGCGGUUUGUUCACACCCUAUACUAGUGGUCCCACGUAUCCUGACAUGGGGUCCGAAGCAGUUGUUCCAAUACCAGUCUCAGCAUCGUUCCUGAGCAGCCCAACCGGUCUUCUUCACUAUCCCCUUAACAAGUUGCAGGGAGGCGGUGCCGAACGGUACCAAGGCCCUCCGCUCCCAUCCGUGGCGCAACAAAUAUAUUACCAUCGUGCG